AUGGCGCCUAUCACUCUCUACUUUCUUCAAGCCUCACGCUCCAUCCGGAUCGCUUGGCUCCUCGAGGAACUUAAGAUUCCUUACGAGACCAAGUUCUAUUGGCGAGAAAACAAUAAGGCACCACCCACGUUCAAAACCGAGUCUGGUAGUCCGCUUGGUAAAGCUCCUGUCAUCCGUGAUGGAGACAAUAUUGUCUAUGAGUCCGGCGCUAUCGUCGAAUAUCUUGCUUCGAAGUACGAUCCGGACCACCGCAUCAUCCCCGCGAACGAUGAUCCCAAGUAUCCGGAUGUAUUGCAGUGGAUACAUGCUGCGGAAGGGCAGAUUCUGCUACAUGCCCUGAGCAUCACCUACGCAACGUGGAUGAGUCCUCCAGCUGUCAAGGAGUCUGGCGGAUUUGACAAGCUGCUGGAGAAUCUUUCUAUCAACGUAGUACGGGACUUCGACUGGCUGGAAGGAGAGCUGGGAAAGAACUCUGGUGACUUCCUAGUCGGUAAUACAGUCACUGGCGCAGACAUUAUGACUGCAUUCAGCGCGAGAUUUGUCCUCACUAGAGAGCUGGGAACGAAGGGGAAGACAUGGUCAAAUGUGAACAAAUGGCUAAAGAAGUGUGAAAGUACGAAAACAUAUCAAGACGCGGUCAAGAAGACGGGCCACUCGUUAGAUAAUGGUGGUAAUAAGCCGCAGUAG